UCUAAUACAGCCAUGGAAACUUGGUCAGUUGAUCAGGUCUGCAGUUGGUUGGUGCAAAAAAAUUUAGGAGAACUAGUUCAUAGGUUUCAAGAGGAAGAAGUAAGUGGGGCUGCUCUCCUUGCACUGAAUGAUAGGAUGGUUCAGCAGCUAGUAAAGAAGAUUGGACAUCAAGCAGUUCUGAUGGACUUAAUUAAAAAAUACAAGCAAAAAACUGAGGAAUUGCCACAACCUCCUACAAACUCCAGAGUGAUAACCCCAGCAAAACAAGCAGAAACAGUCCUUCAUAGCACUGAUAAGGACUUUAAUUCCAUUAGCAGCACCCAGUUGGAGUCACCUUUUCAUACAAAUGAAAAUCUUGAUGUUGGACUAGUUGACCAAAGGGUGCUGAAACAAAGAAAAAACAUGAAACACCUAGCAAGGAAUAAAGCACUACAGUGGACAAAAUCCUAUAUUUUACCGGACUUCCCAUAUGAUGUUAAAUGCAUGUUAACUGAGCAAAAGUGUCCAGAUCACAGCAUGAGAAUAAGGAUCAUUGAGUUUUUACAGGCAGAUAUGACAAAGUAUCUGGAAGGAUCAUUGUACCCAACUACCCAACAAUACAAUGAUGUUGUUAAUGCCCUCCUUCAGGCAUACCCAUUCCUUGAUGAAGAUGGCAAUGGUUUUUUUUUGUGGAAACGAGCCCUCAAAGAUCGCUUCAAAUAUGUUCGGAGGCCCAUAGAAGAUGAUGAACAGGUGAUAAGGAACAAGUGUAAAUUUGGCCACAGAAAAGGACAAACAAGGAAAUCUUUCACAGAAAUCAGAUGUGAAGAAAUUCAGAUUGUUCAAAUAAAAGAAGAAGACAUUUAUUUAGAUUCUGAAGUAGAUGAACAUAUUAAUUGGUUCCAUCAAGAAUAUGUCAAAGCCCAAAAGAACUGGGGAGAAAUUGAUAACAGGAUGAGUCAGACUUUGGAAAUACGAAGAAAGAUGAUUAACAAUAAGACACCUUUGAAAGAAAUUCUCAAAAUGUUUCCUUUCUUGAAGUGUCCUUAUCAGCUGUUCAGAGAAUUCCAGCUACUCACCAGAACCGACAUUUAUAAGAAAAUACAACAGAUUUUGGAGAUGUAUUCAGAAAACAUACUGACCUCUUUUUCAGGGGUGGAAAAUCCAGUGACUGCUAUGUUACAUGAGAGAAUGAAGCAGUUUACAGAUGAAGACAUCCUGAAAUAUAUGAAGAUGACAGCCACCUGUUUACUUCUACCAGAUGUUUUUGGUGAUGAUCCCACCCUAUUUAUUGUUGUGAAUGAGGAGGUACAAGUACCAACACCAAUCUUAAAAGUUAAAAACCCUUUCAAUAUCAGUGCUUGUGAAUUUUCUCUCUAUGUUGAAAAAGAAAAACUGAUCCAAAUGGAUGACUGCACUAUGGCCCUGGCAGCUCUCAUAGCUGCGUUUCAUGUGUUUGGUGUGCAAUACCCCAGGAGAUUGUAUCACACCCUGAACUUUUUAGACACACUGAUAUUUGAUAUAAGCAGUCCAAAUUUUCCUUCUAUUAGAGAAAUGGGAAAUAAUGAACAUCAACAUCCACUCAUUUAAUAACACCCAAAUACUGUCUAAGGAAUGCCUGUGAAACUAUUUUUAAAAGAGAUCCAUUUGUUGUGUGGAGGGCAAGUACUAGAGUAUUGUUAAUUAUGUAUAUUUAUAUUAGAAAGUGUUCAUAAUAUUUGAGUUUUGUGCCUCAUUCAUUUUUUUCUUAAAAUUUAAAUGAUUAAAGUAAUUUUUAUGGCAUUGCAUACUUUAAUGGCUCUGAGUUCUCACUGAGAUGGGUCCAGAUUACAAGCCAUCUGAAAAUGUCUUCUCAUUUUAUGUAUUUUCUUAUUUGUGUUUUUCUACAGAGAAUCCACACAUCUUUGUUUAGACUUUUCUUUCAGAGUGUAUUACUGAAUUAUUUAGAUUGUCUUAUCUUUAUUACUACUGUAUUACAUGACAAACACACAUCAGCAGGACAGAGGAAAGGGAGCUGGAUUUAGAAAUGGAGGACCUGGGUUUGAAUCCUGUUUUUCUUUUUUUAACUUGCUAUCUGUGUGAUCUUGGAUAGCACUUAAUUUGUCUGGGACUCAUUUCCCUAUUCUCAAAGAAAUAUUUAUUAUAUUUAGGGUGAAUUUUAACCAAGCCUGUUGCUGUUAGAAUUAUAAAAGAAUUAUAAUCCAAUGGCAUUGUGAUCUCAGUGAGGUGGGUAUUCUAUCCAAAGAUGGGCUGCCAUCGUCCACCUGUCAUCCCAUAUGCCUGCUCAUGUUGUACCAUUCUUGCUUGUCCGUACCUUCCUUUGGGUUCACUACAGAGGGUUGUGCAAUGGUCUUUCUCGAAGUCCUUGUGUUAUCAUGAGGAUUAUUGACUACUUAAAAGUUAGUACCCUCAUCACACGACCAUCAACAGGAGUAGGGACUGGAUCUGUGAUUUCACUUACAUUAGGAGCUCUCAAGGUCUUUAUCAAGAAUCAGCACCAACUAUGUAACUUAAAGUCUUAGAGGCUUGCCUAGAGCCCUGAGAAGUUAAAUGUUCAGAUUCACAAAACUAAUUACGUGUAAGAGAUCAGACUUUGUAGUUCCAAAGCCAGCUCUCUCUUCUCUGACUGGUCCAGUCAUCUCACUGAAGCCAUUUCUACCUUAAAUAUAUUUUGUAUCAAGAUUUGCUUUUUUUCCAUUCCUUCACUCUACCUAAGUGGCCAAGUGAACUUGUUUAAUUGGAAUCUGAUUCCUGUUUUAACAAUAAAUACAUAAAAGAUCCUGGGCUGAGCUGUUGCUAUAUGCAAAAUUAAUCAUAUAAAUUUUAUGUCUACAUUAUACAUCAUAUCUUCCUUUACUAGACUGUAAGCUCCCUGAUAGCAGACAUUAUGUUGUUUCAUCUUAGUAUCUCAUUGCUUUGCAUAUAUGAGAUGUUUAAUAAAUGUAUAUUGAACUAGG